AUGGUCACCAUAAGUGUCGGUGCCGUGGACGGACAUGAGGAAUGGCACCUCCCGACAUACGAUCCGCGCAACGAGAACAAAUACCACUAUAAGCUUCAUUCCCUGGACAUCUACUUCUGGACACAGCAGGACGCCUUGCAGUUCGUCAACGGCAUCAGGAGGCUGCUGCCGCCAAACCAGAUCGACGUCCUCGACGAGCCUGGCCCGCCGCCUCGACACGACGCUGCUGUCAGCGCCGUCGUCCAGAAGCUUGAGAAUGCCGCGAUAUCAGAUCCCACAUAUGCCAGUGCCGGCCAAACUCAAAACGGCGUGCCGUCGUUCGCUCCACCCCCGCUGUCCGCUGUAUCGGGUGGCUCUCCAUCGCCGCAGCCCCAGACUCACAACUUUGCUCCCAUAGCGUACAACCCGGCGGCACCAGCAGCGCCAGAGGCGAUUCGCCAUCGCGAGAAGACGCCUCCGCCCGAGGACGGCGGCCUGAACCCUCUCCAUGCUACGUUGGUGCACGACGCUUCGACGCCGUUCUCUCCUGGACUGCCCAUCCACCCAUCCGGACUAGGCCCACUCAGUCCCGGCAUUCCUCCUCCAGCUUUCCACUCUCCGCCCGGUGCGCCUAGUUUUCCCGGACCGCCGAUAGGCAGCCCCGGCUUGCCUCCCUCGGGCUAUGGCUCGCUGGGCCCAGGACACCCGGGCCUGACGCGCGCAGCCACAAUGCCCGUACACGGUAUGGCCUCUCCGAUGACGAGCCCGUACGGCGGCCAAUUCCCCGGCAGUCCCGGCUUCGCCCCACUGCAGCAGCCGCACCUCACGCCGACGCCGCCCAUCUCGAGUCCGGGCAUGCCGCCGCCUCCGCCGGGCGGGUACAGUCAGUACAGCUACGCAAACCAGGGGCCGGGUCUGGCCGGCGGCGUGGACUACAGCGUCCACCAGCAGGCGUAUCGGCCGACCGAGGGCGAGACGGCGGUCAACUACCAGCCAAAGAAGGAGGUCAGGGGCAAGGUGGAGGAGAACGCGGGGCGGCUGGAGAGGGGUGUUACGGGCAUGUUGAAGAAGUUUGAGAAGAAGUUUGGUUGA